CGCUGCGAAGCGAUGCAUUCAAUGAUACAAUCAUAGCAACCAAGGACAACCAGUGCCUUCGACUGCACUACAGCCAUGAAGACUUCUUCUUCCUGGCGCUGCUCAAUUAUGGUCGGGCGAAUGGAUCUUGGGGUAGUUGUUUUGUUUCUAGUGCUACUGGGGAGUUGUCAUGGUUUGAGCCACCACAACCACCUUGACGCAACUCCUCCCCACAAGAGUCCUUCCAACCAAUUUCCCAUUCACACUUUGAUUCUAUGUCGCCACGGAGACUCCAUUUGGAAUGGCGGAGAACCAGGUUGUCAGGAAACCUUUACCGGCUGGAGUGAUGUCCCAUUGUCGCAAAAGGGUAUCAAGGAAGCCAAGGCCACGGGAGAACAAUUGUCGGCCUUGUACUCGUUGGGCAUUGAUGUCUGCUGUACAUCCAUUUUGAGUCGAGCCCAAUUGACGGCUCAUUACUGUUUGUGGGGAUUUGCCGAAAAACCCAACCACGAACAACCACGACAAUAUGUGACGGACUAUCGGUUGAAUGAACGACAUUACGGCGCCUUGCAGGGAUUUGUCAAGCAAGACGUCGAAAAUGGUAUUUACGGAAAUGACCCAAAACAAGUACGAGACUGGAGACGAGCAUGGUAUGCCAUUCCGCCACUCCUCCAAGACGAGGAUCCGCGACGGAUCCAAGAAAUACAAAAAUUCCAACAUUUUUGUGAUGGACCGGAGAAUGUACCGCGAGGGGAAUCCUUGGCCAUGGUGGCCACAGAUCGUAUUCAACCCUUUUUGGACGAACGAUUGACGCCACUCUUAAAUCAAGCUGCUCUUCGAAAGCAGCAACUAUGUGUGGACUCGUCGUCAUCCGAACAUGCUGGUGGAACUGGUUUGGUGGUGGCACAUGCCAAUUCGCUGCGGGCAUUGAUUGGGAUACUCUGUCGGGUCGAAGAGAACCCAUCCGCCUUGCAAAAGCUAGAGGCAAUGAAAAUACCCACUGGCGUUCCACUCGUCCUCAAAUAUCAGCAAACAGACGAUCAGCCAGGCAAGUAUCGAGUGCUGGAUGCAUUGGCGGAUUACACGGACGGAUUAGCCACCACAAUCAACGAAAUUCCUACAUUAUUUCAAAAUAAUGAUGCCGAUUUGCCCGUUCGGCCCUUGAGUUGCCUACCCUUUGGUGGCGGCACCCCUACCGUCUUGGCCACGGCCGCUGCAUCACCAUUGUCGCCGACGUACCCAUUGACAAAGACCUACAACGAAAGAAGCGCUAACUCGAAAGACACAAGGACACCAACAGCAAGUGUGGAUGAGACGAAAGUGCACGAAGAACAAUCAAUGCCCGUGAAAUAGGUAGCAGCGACAGGGCAACAAACGAUUUGUUGCUUUUGGACAAGUUUCCCAUUAUGUGGAUGCUUGAUCCAGCUACACCUCCACAACGCCUCUCCGCUUGUUCAUUCCGAAAAGCAAAAUGUUGUCGGCCUGGUCAUAAAGCCAAAUGACAACCACACAACCUAGUAGGGGCUGUGCCUACCGUUUCUUUCACAAAGGCAAGCUACCUGGAUUGGGAGGCCACUGCGAGAUACCAGGUACAGAAAUCUAGAUGAUCAACACGUAUAAAGAAACGGCAUGCAAAAGCAAAACAGUAUUUCUUUUAUGAGUUCAAAAGUUUUAGCUGAACAACAGAAGUAGUAGUAAUGAAAAUAUGAAUCAAUCCAUCCAUAG